UCAGACCAGACCGGAGAGGAGAGGAGAAGUGACGCGGAGUCAGACGGGGAAGCGAAAGACUCGGACCGAGCGAAAGCAAAACAGAAGAGAGAAGAGAAACCGCUCGCCUCGGAAUUCACCCCUCCCUUCCACGCCGGGGGCCGCCGCGAUCGCCUCCUCGCUCGCUGCAUUCGCCGCGUUCGCGCCCGUGCUCUCACGUCCGAGACCCGAGACCCGAGACCCGAGAGGUGAUGAUGAACGACUCCGGAUCACUCCUGCACUGACUCCCGACGUCCCAGACUCCAACUCUGAUUGGAAGCUUGUGUCAGAAUGACAGCAGAAGACUCCGCCUCUGCCGUCUCCAUGAGUCACUCGAGUCCCUCCAGCUCCAAUCCGGCCAACAGUAACCCGCUCCACCUGGAAUCCGCUUCAGAGGGCGUCGCUGGUGCCCAUAACGAAGCCGCGCUGCUGGCUCUGAUGGACCGGACGGGCUACAAGAUGGUGCAAGAAAACGGACAGCGCAAGUACGGCCCGCCCCCCGGCUGGCAGGGCCCCUCCCCUCCGCGCGGCUGCGAGAUCUUCGUGGGCAAGAUACCACGCGACGUCUACGAGGACGAGCUGGUGCCGGUGUUUGAGAGCGUGGGCCGGAUCUACGAGAUGCGCCUGAUGAUGGACUUCGACGGGAAGAACCGCGGCUACGCCUUCGUCAUGUACGCGCAGAAGCACGAGGCCAAGCGCGCCGUGCGGGAGCUGAACAACUACGAGGUGCGGCCCGGGCGGCUGCUGGGGGUCUGCUCGAGCGUCGACAACUGCCGCCUGUUCAUCGGCGGGAUCCCCAAGACCAAGAAGCGGGAGGAGAUCCUGGAGGAGGUCUCCAAGGUGACCGAAGGCGUUCUGGACGUGAUCGUGUACGCCAGCGCCGCGGACAAGAUGAAAAACCGCGGGUUCGCCUUCGUGGAGUACGAGUCCCAUCGGGCGGCCGCCAUGGCCAGGAGGAAACUCAUGCCGGGUCGCAUACAGCUCUGGGGCCACCAGAUCGCCGUGGACUGGGCGGAGCCGGAAAUCGACGUGGACGAGGACAUCAUGGAGACGGUGAAGAUCCUGUACGUGCGCAACCUGAUGAUCGAGACCAGCGAGGAGACCCUGCGCCAGGUCUUCUGCCAGUACAACCCGGGCUGCGUGGAGCGGGUGAAGAAGAUCCGGGACUACGCCUUCGUGCACUUCGCCAGCCGGGAGGACGCCGUCGCGGCCAUGGACAACCUGAACGGGAAGGAGAUCGAGGGCUCCUGCAUCGAGGUCACGCUGGCCAAGCCCGUGGACAAGGAGCAGUACACUCGCUACCAGAAGGCGUCCAAGGGAAGCGCGACAAGUGGUGACGGCAUGCAGCAGAAUUACGUCUAUCAGUGUGACCCCUUGACCCUCGCCUACUACGGAUACCCAUACAACACCCUCGUCGGACCCAACCGAGACUACUUCAUCAAAGCAGGUACCGCGCGGGGCCACGGGCGAGCCGGAGCCACCAGCAGGGCCCCGGGGCCCAGGGGCUCGUACCUGGGCGGGUACUCGGCCGGCCGGGGCAUCUACAGCCGCUACCACGAAGGGAAGACCAAGCUGUCCGAGAAAUCCUACGAGCUCGUGCCCGGUCUGGAGCUCACGCCUGUCAACACAGUGGGCAUCAAGCCUGGCACAAUGACCCUGCCAACCCUGGGUGCCCAGUACCCGGCCGUCUUCUCCGCAUCCGCUGCUACCAAACUCGUGGAGGAAGGAAAGAUCCACCCGGUGGAGCAUCUGAUCAAUCCCCUGGCCCUUCAGCAUGAUCACCCCGUGGCCCCGUCUGCUGCCAUCAUGCCUGCCGUGUCCACGCCGCCGCCCUUCCAGGGUCGCCCCAUCACCCCCGUGUAUGCCGUGGCCCACAACGUCCAGCGGAUCCCGGCGUCGGCCGCCGGCCUGUACGGCGCAGGCUAUUUGCCCAUCGCCGGCCCCGCCAACUCGGCGACCCUGGCGGCCCUGCACAAGAACGCCGCCAUGGCCGCCGUGACGUACGGGGGCUACGCCGGCUACGUCCCCCAGACCUUCCCCGCCGCCACCUUCCAGAUGCCCAUCCACGACGUCUACCAGACCUACUGACCACGCCCCCCUGGGAAAAGACUGAAAGCCUGGCCGAUCUGCUGACCCUGCCCGACCCUACUGACUAAAGACUACUACUAAUCUGGACUAACCGUCCAGGAUGUCUACUGACCUGUUUAGACUUGAGACACUAUCGAUUCCUGAGUACUAGACGUCCCAAAUAUUUGUUUUUUGCCAGACCUUGAGAUGAUGUAAAGCACUGAACUGUUUAGCCCUGAGCUACACCCAUUUAGCCAAACCAAGGGGGCAUCGGAUCCGGAUCGGUGUCCCUUGAACUAAAUCGCUGACUGAAUCCCAUUAGACCAAACUCCAACUGACAAGGACUGAAACCUCAAGUCUGGCCUGCUGAUAUCACCUUCCUAACGAAUCGAGACCUUUCUCUAAUAUCUGGCCACCCAGAGUUCCUCCGGAAUAGAGGGAACAUUCUAGAAAAACAAGGUACCCCAAAGAUGAUGAUGAUGCCAUAGCCACCCAUUCCCAGGAGUCUGGGUCUUGCUCCCUUUUUAGGAGUCUAGGUCUUGCAAGGUCUUGCACCCUUUCGAGGAGUCUAGGUCUUGCUCCCUUUCGAGGAGUCUAGGUCUUGCUCCCUCUUUAGGAGUCUAGGUCUUGCAAGGUCUUGCUCCCUUUCUAAGAGUCUAGGUCUUUCACCGAGUCUAGGUCUUGCAAGGUCUUGCACCCUUUCGAGGAGUCUAGGUCUUGCCAGGUCUUGCUCCCUUUUUAAGAGUAUAGGUCUUGUAAGGUCUUGCUCCCUUUCUAGGAGUUUAGGUCUUGCUCCCUUUCUAAGAGUCUAUGUCUUGCAAGGUCUUGUCGCCUUUUGUAGGAGUCUAGGUCUUGCUCCUUUUUCUAGGAGUAUAGGUCUUGCAAGGUCUUGCCCCGAGUCUAGGAGUCUAGCUCUUGCUCCCUUUCUAAGAGUCUAGGUCUUGCAAGGUCUUGCCCCCUUUUCUAGGAGUCUAGGUCUUGCCCACUUUUUGAAGAUCCCUCAUAGAAGGAUGUAGCUUGCUUUACACGGCCAGCAGGAAGCACAUCGUGGCCCUCAACCCAGAGGCUGCCAACUUCUCGAGUCCAAACCGUACCCAUGGGGCGAUCCACUUUCAGCAAGGUUUUGACAAUCACUUCGAGUAACCACUCCUACUUAAAUGAAGCCAACGUCGACUUAUCGGCGCUUUAGACGUCUCGUACCUUCUUAACCUCUUCUCUUGAAGGAACGUUAGUGUAUUUAUGAAGCUGAACUUGAAAUACCACAUGUGCUCUAGUCCACUAGUCCUCCUAACCACCCCCCCACCCCAAACAAGGAAAAACACAAAAAAAGUAUAAAAAUAUUCAAAAAUGAACAAAAACAACGAUGUAUAACUGCUGAGUAGAAACCUGAAGAACUAAAGAACGGAUUCCAAGUGUUGUGUUUCUGAAGUUGCUAUUUGAUUAGCUCGACUCCAAGUCUACGCGAUAGCUCAUUGAAGAGUAGACGUCCACUAUUCCUUUAUCGUAUUGUCUCUUUUAUAAAUAUAUAUAUACAAUAAAUUUUUGUUUGUUUUCACUUCAGUUUGAAGGUUUUUAGACGUUCUGACUGGACGUUACGAUGAUAUUACGAUGUUAGCCGUGUCGUUUAUGAGGCGAACGUACACUCCGUAGCUGGUUUCCCGAGCGCAAAUCUCUGCGAUACCUCCAUCAAUUGAAGUGUUGUUUGAACGUUUGACGCCGAUACUGUGUAAUGAGAUUAGUUCGUGGCAUUUUUUCGUUGCGUAAAUGUACCGACGACUGAAGAAGUUCUAUUGUUAUAAAUUUUUAUAAAUAUAUUAAUGAGCAGAUUUAUGGCUCAUCCUGUGAUAUGGACUACUAGAAGUACUGCAUGUUAGAAUCAGGGUAUGUACACAGAGAACAAAUAUUUAGAGUACAUUCCACCCGCUAGUAUUUCUCAUUGGCGUAUUCUAGAACUGUGGACGCUUUUAAGACUCCCUUAAGGUGCACUUAAAGAUACUGGAGUUGGACCAACUGGACGGACUAUCGGUGGACCAACAACCGAGCACUUUUACCUUGUGUUUUGUGGUUUUACCCUUUCUGGAUCAAUGACACCAACCUGAAGAAGCCUUCUAGAAAUCUGAUAUGUUUGGGUUCGGGUUCUUCCUGAUGACAGGCGGAGGUCUGGAGGUGGUCCCCCGGUCGAGCCAAGAGACUAAAGGAGGCAGUCCUCAUGCCCUGAAGGAAGCAUGUGUUAUCCAUCAUCCCAGCCCCUUCCAGAUCAAGCCACUAUGGUGUAAAAUCACAUGUAGGUGUGUCCACAUUGAGGACGUUCAAUGACCAGCCAAUGGCAUACGAGGCGAACAAGGUGGAAGGACUACCAGUAGGGACGUUGUACCAAGCAUUCACCGCAAGUGCUCCUUAAGGGAUACUCGAAUCCCAUUGGCUGGUCAUUGAGUGUCCUCAAUUGUGUGUGAUGGCUUACUUAGUAGAUUCUUGACCACUGUCUGCAAAAGGUGUCACCAAAAUACCCUACAUGGCCAAAAAUCUGUGGACACCCAGGACCUGAGAAUCGCUCCAAUUCCAUUGACUGGUCAUUGAACGUCCUCAAUGUGGAAACACCAUAGUGCCUUUUGGACAAACUUAGUAGAUUCUUGACCACUGGCUGCAGAAUCUUGCCACCAAAGUGCACAACAUGGCCAAAAAUCUGUGGACGUCUGACAUCCGGGACCUAAGAAUCACUCCAGUUUCAUUGGCUGGUCAUUGAACGUCCUCAAUGUGGACACACCUACCAUAGUGCCUUUUGGACCAAACUGUGAUGGCUUGAUCUACAUCUACAUCUACUACCUGGUAGAUUCUUGACCACUGAGUGACACUACAUGGCCAAAAAUCUGUGGACAUCUGACAUCCGGGACCUAAGAGUCACUCCAAUGCCAUUGGCUGGUCAUUGAACGUCCUCAAUGUGGAAACACCAUAGUGCCUUUUGCACAAACUUAGUAGAUUCUUGGCCAAAAAUCUGUGGACAUCUGACACCCGAGACCUGAGAAUCACUCCAAUGCCAUUGUGCCUUACACGAAGGGUCUACUCUACGUCUUUGACUCCUCAAUGUCCUCAAUGUGGGAACACCAUAGUGCCUUUUGGACCAAACUGUGAUGGCUUGACCUACAUCUACAUCUACUACCUGGCAGAUUCUUGACCACUGGCUGCAGAAUCUUGCCACCAAAAUACACAACAUGGUCAAAAAUCUGUGGACAUCUGACACCCAGGACCUGAGAAUCACUCCAAUGCCUCUGUGCCUUACACGAAGGGUCUACUCUACGUCUUUGACACCUCAAUGUCCUCAAUGUGGAAACACCAUAGUGCCUUUUGGACCAAACUGUGAUGGCUUACCUGGUAGAUUCUUGACCACUGAUUGCAAAAGGUGCCACCACAAUACAGUAGAUGGCCAAAAAUCUGUGGUCACCCAGGACCAUUGCGCCUUAGACAUAGGGUCUGCGCUCUCAAUGCUUGAUGCCCGGUUCUUCAUUCCAGGAUGGGUUUACCAUGCACUCCCGAAGGUCUCGCCAUACUUUCGCCAUGUAGUGUGUCCUACCUGUAUCUUCUCACACGAAGGGUUUCGAUGUAUUCUCCUGUAUUCUUUGCUGCUCCCGAGGUGUUUCCGACUCGAGUUCACCGCGACCGCGACGCACUCUGAACAAACGGGUCCCGCAGACUCGGUCGAGAUCCGGGAGGCGUCCGUCAGGAUAUAUUUAAUAUAUAUAUACGUGCAUUAUGACGUUUUGUGUAUGAAGUAAGAAUUGCGAUAAUAUAUUCGAAGUGAAUUUGUUUCCUCUCCAAUUUUGCCAAAGUGUUUAACAUUUUACAGUGUGUCUUAUGUUUUAUGUUCACUGUUGUUUUUUUUUGGCCAGUUUUUAUUGAAUGCUCGACGACUUCGAGUUUGCUUCCUAUCGCGAUCAUUUCAUUCACACUACAUGUAUUUUCAAGAAUCUUGUCUAUUUUCUUCUUGCUUUGCAUUAUGAACAAUAUGGAUGGUUUUAAAAAUGUUCUAGAUCUUUCUUAGACCUGUUUUCUAUCUUGUUUUAUUUGUAAGAGGCUUAGCAUCAAUGUAAGCUAUUUAUAGUGGUUCAGUAGUUCUAGAAUAAAGCAUUUUCAAAGGA